CUUCAUCUACAGAAAUCAAGGGAAAAGAUGGUCCAAGGUACUCUUCACUACAGAUGUCAUUUGAGCUUCCUCCACCUGCUGUAGCAGGAAUGGAGUCUCGACCAACCAGCUCCUCUACCGAAACAUCACCUGCCUCCUCACAUCGACCUAGUUGCGCGAUUGCUCCAGCAAUUCCUGCAAGUGAAGCCGUUAAACUUCGUCGAAGACCUGCUACACAAACUGCCGCCAAAAAUCCUUCGCACUACCACCUCCGCCUACUCGUUCCCGAAAAAUUAUACAAAUGAAACCUCGAGGUCAAGCAGAUGAAACCAUGAAUCCACCCGAAGAAAAUACAAAGGCUGGUGGGAAAGCUACUCCAAAUGCGUCCAAGAAGAAACAACCGUCCUCAACAAGUGUUGCUGGACGGAAGAUUGCAAGAAAAACCGCACAUAGUUUGAUUGAGCGUCGUAGGAGGUCAAAGAUGAAUGAGGAAUUUGGUGUAUUGAAGGAUAUGAUACCAGCUUGUACAGGAGAAAUGCACAAGUUGGCAAUUCUACAGGUAUGCAAUGGAUUAUUGAUGCAAUUAAUAAUUGCACGCUGAUGUAUGAUAGGCAUCUAUUGAUUAUGUUAAAUACCUUGAAGAUUGUGUUUCCAAAUUAAAAGCCGAGAACUCUCGGGGAAACUUCUCUACAAACACUGGGGAAUUCACGUCACGACAUGAAUAUUCUGCCCGGGAAUCAGAAGAGGAUACAGAAAUGACUGGUUCAGAAAAUCGCUCAAGCAAUUACGCCACUCCUAUUCCACCAUCUCAGCAAACUUCUCCAGCCAUGCUCGCACAAGAUUUCCGCGAUAGACAGAAUUCAUACUCCUCAGUCUCAACAAAUAAUCGUCAUUAUAGCAUCAGUACUUCGUCUACAACAUCUCCAGCUUUGGCCCCAUCAGUAUAUGAUUAUGCUCGAAGUAUUGAUUCUGUAGGCUCGGCACUCACCAGUCCUGCUCUCAUGCCACAAAGAGAUCAGAGGUAUAUAGAUGAGGAAGCAAGUGCGGCCCUAUUGAUGCUUAAUUCAGAUCGUAGAGCUACAAAUUGUAGCGGAGUAAGAGGAAUGAGUGUCAAGGAUUUAUUGAGCUCGUGAGCAUUAUGGGACUGGCUCGAAAGAUAAUUUCCUUUUGUUCUUUUCGAAAAGGAGUUCUGGAAGAAAAUAUAGUAGGCUAUUGGUUGGUUGGCUGUUUGAACAUUGGUUAUUUGAAUGGAGCUUGGAUGGUGGCAUCGUUUUGGAAAUGAAUAUAUAUAUGUGCGAGUGAGUGAGUUACUCUGGAUAUCAGAUUUGCUGCUUUUGAUAUAAAUAAUGCAGAGACGAC